UGAAAUGUUUUCCUUAUGAGAAGUGGUGUUGAGUUACAGCGUGCAGGCUGAGCAAGGGGAGGAGAGAAGGGCAGCCUCAGCCUGGCCCCCACCUUUUCUUGGCUUCUAAGAAGGUGGACACAGGCUCUCAGAGAUGAGACAAGUGAUAUGUUGAACUAUCUGGUGGCUGGAAUCCAUUGCUUCCAGAGGGACCGAAGGGCAGUGUUUAAGAGGGUUUACAGGGGCCAGCCCAGCAGGCACAGAUGCUCUGCUGUGAAAUGCCACGCAGGCAGAGACUGACAAGCGGCAGGAGCUGAGCUCUCCCUCAGCCCGACGGCCGUUUCCUGCUGUGUUCAGGGGAGGGGGCGCCUUCUGGCUACUCCGCUGCCUCAGCUCCCUCUCCACGCAAGGUAAGCAGGCUGCAGGGGAAGCCCUGGGACCAUGAACAAGAUUCGAAAGUUUUUCCGAGGAAGUGGGAGAGUCCUGGCAUUUAUAUUCGCAGCUUCUGUCAUCUGGCUGCUCUUUGACAUGGCAGCUCUCCGCCUCUCAUUCAGUGAGAUCAACAGUCAGGUCCUCAAGGAAGACAUCGUCAGGAGGGAGCGGACAGGACUCAGAGUGCAGCCGGACCAAAUGAAGAUCCUGUACAGCAGCAUGAAAGAGGCGAAGGCCCCACUGAGGGGACACAGGAAAGGCAUAUGGGGAAAAGAGAACUUCCGAAAGACUGAAGGGAGUAUGCUCAGGGCUGAGGGUGAUUUGGUUCAGACCCAGAGAGAGAGCCAGGUGCAGAAUACCCUGGGAACGGGCAAGGUUCCCCCUUUGUGGCAUCCUAUGGCUUUUCCCAAGGGGGAGACAGGCAAGCAAGAUGUCCAGCCUGAAGCCUCCUCUCGCCAUGUGGCGCCAAAGGAAACAACAGCUCAAGGGGCUCAGAAAACCCCAUUCACAGCAGCAAGAGGAACGCUGUUGGCCAAAAUAUCUGCACACUCAGGCCCUGUCAGUGCACACUGGGGGACUCUGAAGAGUCAUCAUCUCAGCAGUGACACAUCAAAACAAGCAGCUGUAAAGAACCUGAAUGUGACUGUAAGUCUCAAAACUGACAUAGCAAAGCGGCGAUCACAGUCACUGGGAAAUGAGAGGACUCUCCCUGCCAGCCCCCCAGUGCCAAAAUCUAGGGAAGGCAUUGCCUUGAAUAAAACUGAGACUCAGAGCAAAGAACUAAAUGCAAAUAAACACAAAACCAAGAAGAACCUUCCCUUUUCCAAGCUGGUUGCCAAUUCGAAUCACUCUGAGAAGCAACGUAUCAGUGAGACAGAGUUGGGACACUUGCUGGAGGAUGAUGGGGCCAAAGUGGCUGGUGGGAAGAAAUUCAGUUUCUAUGAAAACCAUGUUGUGAUUGUAACCAAGGAGGAGGAGCUUAAGGCAGAUGCCAAAGAGGUCCCCGGUCCUAAGACCAACACUACAGCUCCUAUUGUAUUGGCUGAAAGCCAAGAGAAACACAUUUCCAGGAACAGAAGUGAGAUAUCUUUCUCUUCAUUUGCUGUGCAGAGAGCAAGAGAGUCUCGAAUCAAUCAAACCUUAGCUGGGGGAUUACAGCCAGAAGGAAUCAACUCAACAGCCAAGGCCCCACUUGCAGCGCUCAACCAAAGUCACAUAAAAGCCCUUUUACCUGAAAACCACGGAAUGCACCACGUGCUAAGAAUCGAUGUGACCCUUUCUCCAAGGGAUCCCAAAGCUCCAGGCCAGUUUGGACGCCCUGUAGUCGUUCCACCUGGAAAGGAGAAGGAGGCAGAAAGAAGAUGGAAUGAAGGGAACUUCAAUGUCUAUCUCAGCGAUUUGAUCCCAGUUGACAGAGCGAUUGAAGACACAAGACCCACUGGGUGUACAGAGCAACUCGUUCACGACGACCUGCCAACCACCAGUGUCAUCAUGUGCUUUGUGGAUGAGGUGUGGUCCACUCUCCUGCGGUCUGUUCACAGCGUCCUUAACCGCUCUCCUUCACAUCUCAUCAAGGAGAUUCUGCUUGUGGAUGACUUCAGCACCAAAGAUUACCUAAAAGAUAAUUUGGAUAAAUACAUGUCUCAGUUUCCAAAAGUUCGGAUUCUUCACCUCAAAGAAAGACAUGGCUUAAUAAGGGCCAGGCUGGCAGGGGCACAGAUUGCAACAGGUGAUGUGUUGACAUUCUUAGAUUCUCAUGUGGAAUGUAAUGUUGGUUGGUUGGAACCUCUUCUGGAAAGAGUUUAUUUAAGUAGAAAGAAAGUAGCCUGUCCGGUAAUUGAAGUCAUCAAUGAUAAGGAUAUGAGUUACAUGACAGUGGACAACUUUCAAAGAGGCAUCUUUGUGUGGCCCAUGAACUUCGGUUGGCGAACAAUCCCUCCAGAUGUUGUUGCAAAAAACAGAAUUAAAGAAACUGAUAUAAUAAGGUGCCCUGUCAUGGCAGGGGGAUUAUUUUCUAUUGACAAAAAUUACUUUUUUGAACUUGGAACAUAUGACCCUGGCCUUGACGUUUGGGGAGGAGAAAAUAUGGAACUCUCAUUCAAGGUAUGGAUGUGUGGUGGUGAAAUUGAGAUCAUUCCCUGUUCCCGAGUGGGCCACAUAUUCAGAAGCGACAAUCCGUAUUCCUUCCCCAAAGACCGGAUGAAGACAGUGGAGCGGAACCUGGUGAGGGUUGCCGAGGUCUGGCUUGACGAAUACAAGGAGCUCUUCUAUGGCCACGGGGACCACCUCAUAGACCAAGGGUUAGAUGUCGGAAACCUCACCCAACAACGGGAACUCCGAAAGAAACUAAAAUGCAAAAGUUUCAAGUGGUACUUGGAGAACGUUUUCCCCGACUUGAAGGCUCCCAUUGUGAGGGCUAGUGGUGUGCUUAUUAAUGUGGACUUGGGUAAAUGCCUUUCCAUUGAAAACACCACAGCCACUCUGGAAGACUGUGAUGGGAGCAGCAAGCUUCAGCAAUUUAAUUACACCUGGUUAAGACUUAUUAAACAUGGAGAAUGGUGCUUAGCUCCCAUCCCCGAUGAGGGCGCCCUGCGGCUGCACGCCUGUGAUAACAGAAACAAAGAGCUAAAAUGGCUGCAUAAAUCAACAUCUGUCUUUCGUCCAGAACUGGUGAAUCACAUUGUUUUUGGAAACUAUCAUCAGUUGUUAUGCCUGGAAGGACAUUUUUCUAGGAAGACCCUGAAAGUUGCUGCUUGUGACCCACAGAAGCAAUAUCAAAAGUGGAAAUUUGAAAAAUAUUAUGAAGACUGAAGAGCAACGGAUAUUUUUAUCUUGCAAACCCAUUAGACACUGUGAAAAUGGCAGUGAACGUGGUGACUGUAUUUCUCCAUGGUAGUUUACAUUUUCAAAAUUUAUAGCAUUUGAAUGGAAGAUUUAAAAAACCCACAGUAUUUGAGACACCAAAAGUUAACUCAGGGAAACAGUCCAACUUUGGAUCAGAGUCCUUUUUCACCACCAGGUGACCUUUUGAAUUGCUUGCUUCCUGCCCUGCUGCCCUGUGCUGAAACUCGACCUUCAAAUUUCCCUGUGCAAUCAAACAGGUACCAGGAAAUGAAGACCAGGUACUUGGGGAAGCACAAUCAUGAUGACUGGAUUUGAUAAUAAUCACAUCUUUUGGCCCAUAAGUAGAUAUAAUCAAUGAGAACCUGGUCCUUUAUAUGCUAUUUUUUCAUCAGAAGAAAAUUAGCUAGGUUCCUAUGGAUAGAAAACCUCAGAAACACCCAGCUACCACUUUGAUGAAAUUCCUCCCAACUACAUGCAUGUUCAUCUAACAGUUUGGAAGAGAAAUGAUGUAAUAUUCCUUGAUGGCAGGGUUUUGAUCUAGAUGAUUACAUCAUGUUUUUUCCCAGUCUGAAUCAGUGUAAAAAUUUUCAAGUGAGCAAGUGCUUACUCAAUUCUAGAUACAGACAUUGUUUCAGCUCAUUUUGUGCUUUUAAAACUACACUUAAAAAGAAAACAGUCAUAUUAGUAACUUCCUAGACUUAUGUGGAUAUUUAAAAAAAAAAAAAAGGAUAUACAAAGAAAGGGUCUGGAUCACAGCACACCGCAGUAAGCAAAAAUACAUUUAGUAGUUGAACACACUCCAACGCAGGACCAGUUAAGAAGAGUUGAAACAAAGCAGAAAAAGAACACUAAAAAAAUAUUAAGGUUCUUUUUUUAUAAAUGAUUUAAAAGCAUUCAUAGGGUUAAAGUAUGCUAAAAACAAAAAGGCUUUAAAAGAUUUCAAGGUAAAAAUAAAAUGAAGGCAACAUAAUGAAAUGGGAAGAGAAUGAGGUAAGCAACCCCAAGAAGAGAAUUUAGAAAAAAUGAGAUUCAGCCAGAAAAGAAAGGUGAUCCUGAUCUGUUUGGUGGAAAGGGAAACAAUAAAGGCCUAGAUGUGGACCUAUUGAUAACAGUAAUAAAUUUGGAUUGAAGUCCAA